GGGCAACGAGCUUGCGGCUAAAGCCUGUCAAAGUCAAAGCUCCCUGAACAGUGGUCGUUUCAAUUUCGUCCGAUUACAGUCACGGUUUUUUCCAUCGCGAGAAUUAUUCCCUUUUUUUAUAUACACACUCUCGUCAGGUGUCUUCGAAACUAAAUUUUUUUAAAUUCGAUAUUUUUUUUUUAUUUAACAAUUUUCUUAACUUUAUUUUUACCUUAUCUUUUCUUUUCUAAAAGAAAUUUUUUUUUUCUAGAAAUUUUAUUUUUAUUUAUUUUUUAAAAUUUUUAUCCUUCUUUUUGUAAAUUGAAAACGAAUAGUAGAGAAUUUAGUUAGAUUAUGACGAAAAGACAAACGUUGGUCGUUAAGUUGCGAAGACCAAGUCGAUGUCGACCGUGGGGUAUCAGCAUCGCCGGGGGUGCUGAUUUAGGCACGCCGAUCAUCGUCACCCGAUCGGAGAACGAAGACCUCCAGAAGGGUGACGUGAUCAAAAAAAUUGACGAGUACGACGUUCGGGACUUGAGACACAUUGACGCCCAGAAUCUGCUAAAAAAUUCAGAGUCUGUAAGACUUGUCAUCGAAAGGUCUGAUUCACUGAGAGAAAUCACAUCUCAUUAUCAUUCAUCGCAAUCAUCGAUAUUCAAAUCAAUCAUUGACGACAAUGUGGCUGCGGAUUUAAAUUUACAAAAAUUGGCGGCCGAACCGAAAAUUCUACCAAAAAGUCCAAUUCCACCGGCAACGCCAGUUGAGGAUGAUUUCUCAAUUCGAUCAAGUCCGGAUCAUCAUUAUCAUCUUGCCAAGGAACAUUUAGACGAAAUUCGGGAGGAGAGAAUUUACCUUUCACAGCCUUACCGAACGACACCCCUCGUAUUGCCGGGUGCAAAAAUUAAGAAGGAUGCACCCCUUGGUGAAUGCUAUCUUCGUCAUCAUCCGAAUCCGAUGAUAAGAGCAGCACCCCAUCAUUAUGAGAUUGCACAUCCCGAAGUUGCUAUGAAACAAAAAGUGGCUGAGUCGGUUCUACAGCGUGUCUUGGGGCCCGAUGAAUUACCUAAGGUUGUGCAUAAGCAAUUCAAUACACCAAUCGGACUCUACUCUGAACAAAAUAUCGCGGACACUAUUAAAUGUCAGGCAUCUGCCAUUCCCAUGAGGAAACCGGUGAAGUACGACCCGAGUAAGAGCGAAGCAUACAAGGCUCUUCAGGACGAAGCAUUUGGGGAUUACCCGCAUCAGGAAAUCAGACAGCCAGCACGUACCGGAGUUUUUGCACCGCAAAAAGCGAAUCAUUACGGGGCACCACAACCUCCGCCAAGGAGUCCUGCCUCCUCAUUUGGUGGGAACUUUAGACGCCCCUUCCCUCUUCCUUUCGUUAAGGAUCGUGUCAAUGACUACUGAAUUUUAUUGACGACGAUGAAAAAAUUCAUCAAAGCAACAGCUUCAAGAGAAUCAUGUACAGUGUGAUGGGCCAUUCUGAUUUUUGAAAGACGAAAAAAGCAAAAACCAAAUCUGAACUGAAUUGAAAAAACAAAGAAAUAAUAUUUAUAUUUUGUUACGUGAAACAAUAUUUAAUGGUGAAAAUAUCCCCACUCCGAAAAAUUCUUAUAUUUACAAGAAAACUUGAAGAAUCAAUAAAGGCCAAAAUUUUGUAAAAGAAAAGAAUUGGCCACCAGAGACAUUUUUCAAGUUGUAAAGAAAAUUUUUUUUAUUUUAAUUCUAUUAUUGUUGUUAUUUCUCACAUAUAUAUCUAUAUUAUUUACAUAUAUAUAUAUUUAUGGUUUAAAACGAAUUUACUUUAAGUCAUUUUUAAUUUAAGUCAUAUCUCUAUUUUAUGCAAAGCCCAAUUAUUUUUCCUCCACUGACGUAGAGAAUAAAAUAAUAAUAUUUUAA